UAUAUAUAAUUUUUUUUUGCAUUCCACUUCAAUUAUUGCCAUUAUAAAUUUAAACACCCUUCUAUACAAGACAAAAAAUGACAAGGACAGAGGAGUCAGAGUACGAGAGACAGCGCUUGGAGAACAUCCGAGAAAACCAAGAGCUGCUGCGAUCCCUAAACUUGGCCAGCGAGACACCAGCGGUAGCCAAAGUGGUAAACAAGGGCAGGGCGCAGCCACGAGCCAAGCGCAGCACUAGCAGCAAUAGUGUCCGCAGCAGCAGCAGUGGCAGCACGGCAAAGAAUCCUGCCGGCAUCAAAGGCGAGGACAGCAGCAGCGACAGUGACGCCGCAAAGGGCGAGAAAGACGAUGCCGAUGAAGACUACGGGCCGGCGACCAAACGGAGGCGAGGCACGGUACAGCCUACCCGGCAGUCUCGGCGAUUGCGUGGAGAGAGUGCCGGCGAAAUCACCGUGGCUGAGGCUGAGGCGGUUGAAACUGGCGACUUUAGCGGGCUGCUACAGACGGGCGAGGAGCGGUUUGGCAGCGUAGUGGCCCAGGAGGCGGUGCGCGUAUCCGGGCAUUAUAGCGGGUGGGUCGAGCCUGGCGUGAUGGGGCGGUUGGGUAUUCUCGGCAACGCAGCCGAGGCGUGGGAGAGCGAGGGCGGCGGCAAGUUUUCCUUUGCCGAUCCGCUGGGCACGGGCAAGAAGAUCCACAAGCGGAUGACUGGCGGCCAGUCCGUCGCGCGCUUUGUGGCAGCGAAGUUGCUGCGCAAGAACCCCAACUCGUACUUUUACCGCCAUACUGAGCCUGGCGUCGAGCAGUGGACGGGCGAGUGGACGGAGAACGAGCGGCUGGAGUUCGUGCGUGUUGCUCGCGAAUUUGGCUGCGGCGAUAAAUGGGGCCUGUUUUCGACGUAUCUUCCGCAUCGUGUCGGCUACCAAUGCAGCAACUACUACCGCCAGUACGUGAUCCCGUCCGGCUGGGUCAUUGAUGACAACUACCGCAUCGACAGCGCUGGCAACGCCGUGUAUGUGGGCAGCCACCGGCGCAGCGCACGCUGACAAGGCAAGGUGCUUUGCUUCGUUGUGCAUGAUUUGU